AUGAGCUCAAAGCAACUAGAGUCAAAGAUAGUAUGUCCUCUGUGCCCGCAAUCAAGGCAAGAGGCGGGCACGAUUCCAGCAGAAGUGGUGGGUCCUCUCCAGGGUCCCGCUGUAGGGACGCGUCGGGCUGCGCACCGGGCUACUGCACACCGAAACUGCAUCAUUUGGUGUCCAGAAGUUUGUGCUGGUGAACGGGGUCAACUGGUGAACGUGGAUAAGGCGGUCGCGCGGGCGAGUCGCAUCAAGUGCCGACACUGUGGUGAAAAAGGGGCUUCCAUCGGUUGCUGGGAGCCUCGGUGUUCCGCGAGCUACCACCUGGUGUGUGCGUACGAUCCGGCGUGCGACGUGGAUCUCAUCCUUCCUGACCUAGAACUAUGGUGUCCAAAACACGCUGAAGGUCCUACAUACCAGGCUUACGAGGAAGCCAAACGGGAAGCGCGUGCAGCUGCGGCAGAGGAGUUGGGGGGCGGAUUUGCGUCUCCCGAGUCGUCGCAGAAGCACCGACGCGGUGCGAGCGCUGCUCAGGGCGCUUCGGAGCUGCAGACUCCAACACGCGGUGCAGAUGGGACCUUUGAGUUCAGCCCGCGCGGUAGCUGGCGACACACUGAGCGCAUCGCGCCGCCUUCUGGACAGCGACCUUUUCAGAGUGGGGCACCGCAGUAUGCCGCGGAUGCCGCAGACGACACCAGUUCCGCUUCCCGAGGUACAUCCAGAACACAACGGAAUGCGGCGCUGUAUGGACUGGGCGAAACGAAGCGCAAGCGAGGUCGACCGCCUCGCUCGUUGGUCGAGUCUGCGCCGGAGUCUCGUCGCCGGCGGACCGCUUUCCGCACUGGUGUACCGGCAGGUGGCAUCGACAUCACAGUAUCGUCGCCUGGCGAGCGUGGACAGACUCGGAACUACCAUCGGCAACAUCUCGGGGGUGUUCACCAGGAUGCUGAUGCUGGUCGUGGUUGGGAGGUUCAAAAAGCGACUGCGCCGCCGCAUGGUUACCAGAGCUCGAAUUUGGCGGAAAGCAGGUCCACGUCGCGGUACAACACGCAGCGACAAAUGCAGUCGAAUGACCGCCAAUUGACCAUGGUGGAAACGCUUGGGAGACACCCUAGAUCAACAGGCGCUCGGGUGUCGUCGGCGCAGACGGAGGACUCUGCGAACGUUCCCGAAACGAGCAGCAACAGCCGCAACCAUUCAGAGACAAGCGCGGCCCAUCGGAGUGACCAGAGUAGCGAUCGAGACUCGGAAGCUUCGCUCCGAGGAGAAGGACUUGAGCGCGAGGAAGCUGAAUGGAAAUGGGAACUCGAACGACGACAAAAGCGCUGGAAGCGUCGCGCACGUGAUCAACGAGCAUCGAGAAUUUUCUCACAAAUUCUUGCUGACGUUACAGCCGAGACCGUCAAAGAGCGUCAGAAGCUCUUUGAACCGAUGUCCGGUGAAGCCUUGCAGCGCUUCAUUCGUGAGGCGGAACCCUACACCACCAAAGUGCCGCAAGAUUACGAGCUGCGAGAAGCGAUUCCGCAGCUGCUUCAAGACUUGCCCUGGAUCGAAGCCCGACCGAACCUCCACCUUUGUGAACGAGACAGCGUGCUCUACUUCUACACCCGAACCGACGUUUGGGGCUGGUAUUCAGACGUCCGUACCAUCUGCGGAGCGGGCCACCCGCACACGAUCAAAGUGAUCACCAAACCGCGCCCAGAGCAUCGCCUCUCGAUUCAUCUCCGCUGGGCAGUACCUGAGGAGCCGAUUGGGCGAAUGCGCUUUGCAGACCCGUUUAACACACAGCACGCCUUCCGUGAUAAUGUCUUGAUGAUGAGAUGGGUACUGAAUGGACCCUUCAAACGAACACGAUCCUGUGAUCUCAUCGCUCAUGGACUUUGCUACUUUCCCGAGUUACCGACGGCGAGGCUGUGGUUCACACUCUGUCGCGAGAUCAUUCGCGGUCUGAAACCGGUCCCCGUUCCCAUCCUACCUUAUCGAGCGUACAUCGAUAGCGCACAGCCACUGGAGACACCGUUUAAUUACUCACGAGGAUCCGCCAGGAGUCUCAGUUUUCAACCAGAGGGCACUGCAUCGUAUCAGGUGCUGCUUGCGGGAGGCAACGGGGCUAGCACGGUAGCCACUGCAGCGCAACCUGGAGCGCUGCUGACGACAGCUGCGGGCAAUGCUGCCUACGCUGGAGUGGGCUUGUGGCGUUCUCGACCAAGCCGUUCCGCUACAACGACCGGCUGGCUAGGCUCGAAUGCAGUCGACGGAGCGUUCUCGGAGGAGGCGCGCGAGCGUGUCCGCCGCCAGGGCUACGGUUUUGAACUCGAUGAUCUCGAGGGCGCAGAUGCGAGCUCCGAAGAAGAGGAGGUGCUCGCACAGCUCGUACAGUGGCAAGCGAAGCAGCUUGAACUCGUUGGAGAAUUCCCCGAACCGGGCGAUCGUUUCUGGCCAUUCAGUGAGAAUACGGAUCCUUGCUUGCGGGUUCUGGACUCUGCUUGGAAAGUGGAGACGCAACAUCCCCUGGAGCUGAUCGAGAAACGAAACUGGGCUCGGAUGGAUGCGCUGUUCCAUCACGACUCGGAUAACCUGGUGAUCCUGGCCCGCACGGAAACACAACUUCGAGACAAGUAUGGCAGUGCGUAUGCUAGCGCCGUGCUAGCAGCUAGCGCAUAUAAUCGAGAGCUGCUCACAGAGCGGCAAGCGCUGCUUCAUCAACGUUUUGGGGAGCGACGCAGCACGCUUACCAACAGAAGAGCAACGCCUGGAGGUUUGCCCAGUGAAGGAUUUUCCAGUUCGAGCGACACGGAUAGCGAGCUGGAUCAUGCUCUGGACUGA